GGAAACGCAAUGUCUUUUUUUUACUUUUCGACUUUCAGGUCUCGUUCUCGAUCACGUUCUCCUCGCCGUCGGGAUCGUAGUCGCAGCGCGACUCCUGAUACAAGGAAUCAUCUUGAGAAACCUAUUGCUCAUUCAAAUCCAUAUACUGGGCAUCCAUAUUCUACUCGUUAUUGGGAUUUAUGGAAGAAGCGUUCCACUCUUCCGGUUUGGGAAUAUAAAGAGAAAUUCAUGGAAGUUCUUCAAGCAAAUCAGUGCUUAACGUUGGUUGGAGAGACUGGCUCUGGAAAAACGACACAAAUCCCUCAGUGGUGUCUAGAAUAUUGUAAGUCAAGAGUUGUUUAUGGUGGGCAAAAAAAGAUGGUUGCAUGCACUCAGCCUCGCCGAGUAGCUGCUAUGAGUGUUGCAGCUCGUGUCGCUGAAGAAAUGGAUGUUCAGCUUGGAAGUGAAGUCGGUUAUUCGAUUCGGUUUGAAGAUUGUGUCAGUGAACGUACCAUAUUAAAAUAUUGCACGGAUGGUAUGUUGCUUCGUGAAGCUAUGAAUUGUCCACUUCUUGAUAAUUAUGGCGUUAUCAUUUUGGAUGAGGCACAUGAGCGCACUUUAGCAACAGAUAUUUUAAUGGGUCUUAUAAAGGAAAUUGUGCGUCAAAGAAACGACAUAAAAAUUGUGGUAAUGAGUGCCACUUUAGAUUCUGGAAAAUUCCAAAAUUAUUUCGAAAACUGUCCCUUAAUGUCUGUACCAGGUCGAACGUUCCCCGUCGAAAUAUUUUAUACUCCCGAGCCAGAAAAGGAUUAUCUGGAAGCGGCAAUACGUACUGUCAUUCAGAUUCAUAUAUGUGAGGAAAUUGAGGGCGAUAUUCUUCUAUUUCUAACUGGGCAAGAGGAAAUUGAAGAAGCAUGCAAAAGGAUUAAACGAGAAAUUGAUAAUCAUGGUGCUGAAAUUGGCGAAUUAAGAUGUAUACCACUAUUUUCAACUUUACCACCGAAUUUGCAACAACGGAUUUUCGAACCAUCACCAUCAAAGCGUCCAAAUGGAGCUAUUGGUCGCAAAUGUGUCGUUUCGACGAAUAUCGCAGAGACGUCACUCACAAUAGAUGGCGUCGUUUUCGUUAUUGAUCCUGGAUUCUCGAAACAGAAGGUUUAUAAUCCGAGGAUUCGCGUAGAAUCUCUACUUGUCUGUCCUAUUUCAAAAGCAUCCGCAAUGCAGCGUGCUGGACGGGCAGGUCGUACAAAACCGGGUAAAUGUUUUCGGCUUUACACGGAAAAAGCCUACAAAGUUGAAAUGAAUGAUCAAACUUACCCUGAAAUUUUAAGAUCCAAUUUGGGUACGGUCGUAUUACAAUUAAAGAAGCUUGGUGUAGAAGAUCUUGUUCAUUUUGAUUUUAUGGAUCCUCCGGCUCCUGAAACACUUAUGCGAGCUCUCGAAUUACUGAAUUAUUUGGCGGCAAUAGAUGAUAAUGGCGAAUUAACACAGCUAGGCUCUCUUAUGGCUGAAUUUCCUCUAGAUCCUCAACUUGCAAAAAUGGUAAUUGCAUCCACUGAGCUUAAUUGCUCCAAUGAAAUUUUAAGCAUCACUGCCAUGCUUUCAGUACCACAAUGUUUCGUACGCCCUACUGAAGCAAAAAAAGCAGCCGAUGAAGCUAAAGCUAGAUUUGCUCAUAUUGAUGGUGAUCAUUUAACGCUUCUUAAUGUUUACCAUGCCUUCAAGCAAAAUCAUGAGGAUGUUCAAUGGUGCUUCGACAAUUUUAUCAGUUAUCGUUCUUUAAAGAACGCUGAUAAUGUGCGUAUUCAGUUAGCUAGAAUCAUGGACAAAUAUAACUUAAAAAGAUUGUCUACUGAUUUCAAAAGCAAGGAUUAUUAUUUGAAUAUUCGAAAAGCUCUUGUUGCUGGGUUUUUCAUGCAGGUAGCACAUUUGGAGCGAAGCGGUCAUUAUAUAACAGUAAAAGAUAAUCAGUUGGUACAACUACAUCCUUCAACGGUUUUGGAUCACAAACCCGAAUGGGCGCUCUAUAACGAAUUCGUCCUGACAACCAAAAAUUUUAUUCGAACUGUUACAGAUGUCAAACCUGAAUGGUUGCUUCAAAUGGCCCCGCAAUAUUAUGAUAUGUCUACUUUUCCGGAAUGCGAUGCCAAGAGAAAACUCAUGCAAAUUAUAAAUACUAUGAAUUCAUUACGCAACCAGCGAGUUAUUUAA